AUGAGGGCGUACGGCACAGGCCUGGCCUUCCUGUACACCGGACGCGCGUCAGGCUUCAGCGUGAGAUGGGCCUUCAUCGACAUCUUCCCCAGUCCGUCGGUGAACACUGUCUCGUGCGCCUUGACGACCGACUCCAGCGUCGUCUUCGCGCCCGACUCCGGUCGCCUGUCGUCCCGGUACUCGGCGCGCGCGCACGUGCCGCACUCGGCCGGCCUGAACGACCUGGUGCAGCUGUGGCUGUGCUGCCCGGCCACGCGCGCGCUCAUCCACGUGACCGUGCUGUGCGUGCGUCACGACACGGACGUCUGCAUCAAGCCGCUGCUCGACACGUCGGCAGCGUACACGCCGCACUUCGACUGGGUGGUGGCGCAUAUCGGCUCUUGCUUCCCCAGCACCAUCAUCGAGCGCGUGCUGAGCCGGGCCUGGGAUGUGAGACACUCUGGCUCACGCCAGCUCUAG